CGGGACCGGUGUGGUCGCGCUGGGUGGCCGCUAACAGUGGCUCCCCGCGAGGCUUUGGGGGCUGGACGGAGGGCGCCCCCUCCCCCCAGCUGGCAAAACGGAGUGGAGAAGAAAACACGCACAACAAAGAAACUUAAGCCCACCGAGGCGGGAGCUGCGGUCCGAGGACCGUCGGCGGAUUUGGGGACAAAGGAGCCGCGGGGCUGGGAACAUUAUAAACAUCACUGGUUCCCAGAAAAGCCAUGCAAGGGAUCGGGUUACCGUUGCAUUCGCAUCAACCAUAAAAUGGAUCCUCUGAUUGGACAGGCAGCACAGCGGAUUGGACUGAGCAGUCAGGAGCUGUUCAGGCUUCUCCCAAGUGAACUCACACUCUGGGUUGACCCCUACGAAGUGUCCUACAGAAUUGGAGAGGAUGGCUCCAUCUGUGUGCUGUAUGAAGCCUCACCAGCAGGAGGUAGCACUCAAAACAGCACCAACGUGCAAAUGGUAGACAGCCGAAUCAGCUGUAAGGAGGAACUUCUCUUGGGCAGAACGAGCCCUUCCAAAAACUACAAUAUGAUGACUGUAUCAGGUUAAGAUAUAGUCUGUGGAUGGAUCAUCUUAUAAUGAUGGAUAAAUUUGAUUUUUGCUUUGGGUGGGCUCCUCUUGGGGAUGGAUUAUGGAAUUUAAACCAUGUCACAGCUGUGAAGAUCUGGCACAAGAUAGAAUGGUAAAAAAAAAAUUUUUUAAGUGACAGUGCCAUAGUUUGGACAGUACCUUUCAAUGAUUAAUUUUAAUAGCCUGUGAGUCCAAGUAAAUGAUCACUUUAUUUGCUAGGGAGGGAAGUCCUAGGGUGGUUUCAGUUUCUCCCAGACAUACCUGAAUUUUUACAUCAGUCCCUUUAAAGAAAAUCUGUAUUUCAAAGAACCUUUCUCUGCAGUAAAUCUCGCAGAGGAAUUUGCACUAUUACACUUGAAAAUUGUUACUGUUAACCUUUUUGGCAGCUCAAUAGGAAAGCUGAACGUUUUAAACAUGGUAGUACUGGAAAUUUUACAAGACUUUUACCUAGCACUUAAAAUAUGUAUAAAUGUACAUAAAGACAAACUAGUAAGCAUGACCUGGGGAAAUGGUCAGACCUUGUAUUGUGUUUUUGGCCUUGAAAGUAGCAAGUGACCAGAAUCUGCCAUGGCAACAGGCUUUAAAAAAGACCCUUAAAAAAGACACUGUCUCAACUGUGGUGGUAGCACCAGCCAGCUCUCUGUACAUUUGCUAGCUUGUAGUUUUCUAAGACUGAGUAAACUUCUUAUUUUUAGAAAGUGGAGGUCUGGUUUGUAACUUUCCUUGUACUUAAUUGGGUAAAAGUCUUUUCCACAAACCACCAUCUAUUUUGUGAACUUUGUUAGUCAUCUUUUAUUUGGUAAAUUAUGAACUGGUGUAAAUUUGUACAGUUCAUGUAUAUUGAUUGUGGCAAAGUUGUACAGAUUUCUAUAUUUUGGAUGAGAAAUUUUUCUUCUCUCUAUAAUAAAUUGUUUCUUAUCUUGGCAUUUUAA